AUUAGGCAGUCAAUGUAAAUAAAUUGAUGUUGGACUAAAUAAUGGCAAAAUCAAAUGAUUUCCUCGAUAAUAUGAUUAAUAACUGCGACUCAGCGGAAAAUUUCAAUGUAGAAUGCAUCGACCAUUACGAUAAUGACAGGGAUGGAUACCUAAACUUCCAAGAAUGCUGUUCUCUGCUGGAAGAUGUCUGCAAGUCGACUACCUAUAAGCUGAGUCGGGAGUACAAGGACAGAAUAUUCAACUUACUGGAUGAAGAUAAGGAUGGGAAAAUAUGUACAGAAGACUUCAGGCGAUGUGUUUAUUAUUGGUUGAAGCAGACAAUGAAGCCAGUGUCAGCUUUCAUCAUUGUUGAUGUGCAGAAUGACUUCAUCUCAGGCUCGUUGUCGUUGCUCGGCUGUCCAGCGGGCCAUGACGGUGCUGAAGUCAUUCCUGUAAUAAACCAUCUGCUGGAUUCUGUUCCUUUUGACCUCGUUGUGUAUACGAAAGACUGGCAUCCUGAAAAUCACAUCUCGUUUGUGGAAAAUGUGCAGAACAGGCCACUGGCUAAGAACUGCAAGAUCAAAGCUGGUGAAGCCAAGGUGUACGAUACCGUCGAGUUUGAUGGGCCGCCUCGGACAGAGCAGACACUGUGGCCAAAACACUGCGUCACCAACACAUGGGGCUCCGAGCUACACCCAGACCUCAAGAUAAUGGACAAUGCUGAGUUUGUAAAGAAGGGAUGUCACUCUGAUGUGGACAGCUACUCAGCAUUCUGGGAUAACAACAAACUCUCACAAACCGACCUUGUACGAAUCCUUGCGCGACACAAAGUCACUGAUGUGUACGUGUGUGGCGUUGCAUAUGAUGUCUGUGUUGGCUACACUGCCUUACACGCCCUUGAGCAUGGGUUUCGAACAGUGCUGGUGGACGACGCUUGCAAAGGUGUAGAUGCAAAGGGUAUUGAGGAGACCAAGCGAAAACUGGUUGACUCCGGGGGAAUUAUCGUUCACUCUUCACAGGUGAAGAACAUUGUCGCAGGUGAGGAUCGACCCGCCCCUCUUGGUCUGCAGUCAGCUAAAAACGUGGCCCUCGCGAGGGAACUAGUCAACAGAGGCAUCGUCAAAUAACGACUUUAUGAGGAGCUUUGGUCAAAAGGGUUGUUUGUAAUAGUCUAAAAAUGUAAUGUUUUGUUCUGUAUUUUAUUUUAUAUCGUCAUUGUUCAGGGGUUUGUGUUUAGUUGACUUGAUAUUACACACAUAUAAUAAUUGUUGAAGUGUUUCAUAAAGCCUCUUUUUUGUUAUGGUAUAAUCAGCUGCAAAUUGAGAUACUGUUUUGCAUAAACAAUUUUUUUUAUCUAUAUAUUGAUGAAAAUACAUUGGCAAAAGUAGUCCUGCAAAAACGUGUUUGUUUAUUGACUUUUGAAAUGUCAAAAAAAAUAAUUAUGAGUAACAAGUGUUAAACAUUAAUUUUAGAAACCAUGAACUCAUACCUACCUUACAUGUACAUGAAAUGAGAUUCAUUUAUCAUUUACAGCGUCAAAAUCAUCUUUAAUAUUGUUAGACGUCUGGCAUGAAAAAUUUACAUUAUAGCCAUAUGAUAAAUGGAAUACUGUAACAUUUGAAUUCACUUGCAUUUUGUAUGAGCAUGGCUAUUUACCAACAGACAAAGUGUCUGUUUCACAAUCGUUAUUAUUGGACAAUAGAAUACUUCAAUGGCGUCAACGCAAAGCAUGGUAGUGUGUCAUAUAUAUCAUAAUGUUAUUGCUGUUGAUGAAGAGAGGGAUAUUUUGUGACUUUUCAAGUCUCACUUCUACGUGUGAAGAACAUUAAAAAGAAAUCAUUUUUAAUUUGGUAGCAGGAUAACAACUAAAAACCUAAUAACAAAAAAAAUGGACUUCAAAAUCUUAUCAUAUUUUUCAGUUAUAUAUCAUUUCACCGGACUGUUUUUGCCAACAAUAUAUAACUUAUAUUGUAAAAUUGUUAUAAUUGUAAUACAAAUGUUCAACUACAUGUACUGCAGAUAAUUAGUGGUUCGAAAUCUCAGCUAAUUUUUGCUAUAUAGAAAUUGUUUUUUUGGUUUGUUGAUAGAAGUCUUUAUAUUGCAUUUAUCAUGGUAAUCCUUAAUGAAAAUUAUUUUUAUAUAAUACAAUUUAAAGUUUAAUGAUUCCAUUAUAAUUUAUGUGUAAAAUGCAUGGAAACAGAUUAUUUUUGUUAACGAUUUUCCAAAAACAUUGUGCAUUCAUCAGAUUUUUCAAAUUACAUCAGUGGAUGAAAUAAGCCCAAGCCUGCAUGUCCUGCACUGGUAAAAUGUUUUUGGGCUUGCUCAAGUUAAGGAUUUUAUAUAGCACUGGGCUUGUUAAAUUUUUUGAUGCCAAGCCGUAGCAUAAAAAUUCCAGCUUGCUCAUUGAAAAGACUCAUGUCGAGGUAGUUAAAUUUUCUCAAAAUUCUCAUGCUUGUGAAAGCCUUAGUUGGGAGUGGAGACCGAAAAUUGUUGAAUAUUAUAAUAUUCUGAAAUUCUGCUAGGUCAUUUAGUAGUUUAGUAAUAUAUACAACUGUUUUUUUGUUAUUUUUUUUCUCACCAUUUUAGGAAUGGGGUCAGCGCCUUUCUGUUUCGGUAAAAAAAAAGACAGAAAAGAUAAAAGAAUGUGGUAAAGUUUGUUUCAGGGCCCAGUUGUUCGUGAAAUAAAUCUGAAAAAAAUAAAAUAAAUAGGGAAUCUUAUUUUGACUUAUGGGAAAAAAAUAUGUUAAAGUAAUGAGAAUGGGCCCAAACUUUUGGCCCCAAAAUGGUUUGAAAGAAAUUGCAUUGUAAAACAUGUGUAUCUUUAUAUAAAGUCAGUGGUUAAUUGGUCACUGCAUAUAUUUGUAUAGGGCUGAAGGUUGUUUUGGUUCUUAUUUUUAUUUGUGUACCCUUGUGCAAUAUAUUUUGAGCUGCAUUUAAACAGUUAAAACUAUGUAUAUUACUUUAUUCGCUCCACGUAUAGAUGGAAGGAGUUUUGUUGACAAAAGUAUCAUUAUCUAUGAUUGCUAAAGAUUGAGCUUUUGUGUAUAAUCGGACCUUGUUGGCUCGAACUCCCAGGGAUGGGCCAAUAUACAUUGAGCCUAGGGAAAUUACAGCCAAGCGGAAUUGCUUACAUUCAUUAGAAAUAAUUUUGGUUCCUACAUCCAGUUUGAGUCAACAAGGGAAUCAAGCCAAGCGAGUUCGAGCAAACGGGAUUCGACUGUUUAUCUCUUUUGUAGUUUAUUGCGCGCAAAGACGUAUUAAUGUACUGAUGUAUAGAGCGCUCUAGUUAACGUUGACCCUGAGAAAGUGGUGACAGUUUUUAGCAUGAAAAUGAAAACCUACUGACCCAAAUUUCUUUUUGCGGUGAAAUUUGAUAAAAAAAUAAUUUAUUUUUUUUGGCCUCAAUUAAUUAUAUAAUAAUAUUUUAUUUUUUUAUUAUAGUGACAUGUGUAUAUAUACUUCAUUACAAAUCAAUACAAAUAUAAAUAAUUUAAACAAUUACACACGGCCCAUCGGGGCUAUAAGUCACCUACAUAUCACAUAUAUGAAAUACAAAUUUUCAUAAAUUAAACAUAAAGAAUAUGUAUGUAAGGUUUAAAGUGAAUAUUAUACAUAUCUAUAAAGGAAAUGUUUAUAUCAUCAAAUACGUUUAUAAGUGAGUUUACAUAUUAAGGACAUUGCAUGAACAAAAUUUCAACAUAAAAGAUGUAAUGUUAAUAACUAGCAAUACUUUUAAGCAAACAGUGUGGUUUUUCUCAAAGUGAAAGCACUAACAAUAUACUUGGAUAAUUGUCUCACAUAGUCCUUCAUAAGUAAAACAAGUUUGUCUAGAUCGGAGAUAUUUACAAAACUGUCACGUGAUAUGAUAUUACCAAGGUAGGUAUUUCUCAGUUCAUUAUACAGAGAACAUUGAAAUAUGAAAUGACACUCGUUCUCAACUUCUCCAGAGUUACAUAGCCUACACGUUCUAGAGUCCACUGGUUCCCCUAAAUAACGACCGGUCUCUAAUCUCAGUGGUAAUAUACCAGUCCUACACUGAGCCAAUAAUGAACAUUCAUUUUUCUUAAGGUCCAUACUCAGAUAGGUUUCACACUUGAAUUCUUGUUUAAAUUCACGGUACGUUCGUAAUUUCGGCAUAGAUCUUAUAUCCUGUGACCAAAUGUUAACAUAAUAUAUGCAUAUAUAUUUAGAGACAAUAUAAUGUUUGCUGUUGUAUGCUGAUUUUUGAAACAAAAAAAAUGUUACCUUGAAUGGUGUUAAGUAUUUUUGUAAUAAAAUAUUUAUAAAGAAAUGGAUAAUUUCUUACAGAGGGAAGAAAAUGUUUAAAUAUUCUCUUAACAUUCCAUUUUUAGAUUAUGAUAUUAAAUUUCAUAUUUCACACAAGAAUUUGAAAAGAAAUAGGCUGAUAAUGUGAUAUUUUUUUUAUUUGUAUGCAUUCUAAAUUGUUUUCUUUUCUGUAUCCUAAACUAAUGUACAUAUUAAAACAUUAUGUAAUUGUAAGGGACAUAUUAUUAUGAAAUAAUAGCCACUUAAGUUUUAAGAGUGCGUAGUUUGUAUUUGUUAUAAAGAUGUUGUUAGUAUAUCACAAAUACAUAAAAUGUUUGAAUAUAAUUCUGGACAUAAGUUUUGUGAAUUACAUUUUAAAAAUAAGAGUUUAUUUUGCAGCCUGAAAAGGCAACACAUAGGUUUAAUUUGAGGUGGCGUCCAUGGAAUCGUCAUGAAAUCUUUGUGCACACAAUAAUUAAAGUAUAUAUUUUACGAUUAUGAAGAAAGUUGCAGACGGUGUUAAUGGGUAUAAUGAAUCCAUCAUGUUUAAUUUUUGGGUAAAUUGCGUCAGUCACUCAUGAGUUAUGCCCCUUUUUCAUUAAAAGAUGUAGUAUGUUUCUAUCUUAUGUAGAUGAAAACUAAAAUAUUAUUAUCCAGUCAAGAUAUAAAUUGUUGACAGUGUUUGUGGUAGGUUUAUAUCUGGUCAAGAUAAUAACAUAAGUAUUCACCAUCCAACCAGGAUUAAUCUCAGUGUAAAUGCUUUAUAAAGUUUGAUUGUUACUAACAAAUAUUGUACAAGAUGUACUAGAGUUAUGACCCUUGAUUUUUAAAAUGCAGUUGGCUAACUUAUCAUUCAGGUAUAAUACUAGACAAAAGCCAGAAUUUACUACAGUAAGUUUUGCAUCUGUUAUGUUUGUAUUGGUUCCACUAUGAUCAUCGCUCCAAACAGGUUACCCAUCCAAUUCCUCAGAGUUUACUGAGCUUUAUUGAUAUAUUUCCAUACGAUAGAUAUAAAAUUGUAAAGUAAAAGUAAUUUAGCUAUUUCUUAAUUGUAUAAUGUAUCGGAAAGAUUGUAUAAAUUUAAAAAUAAAUACCUCCUUAUAAUUGAUUUAAAAGGGUAAUCUGUUGUUCUGAAUUGUUGAUUCUUUCAUGAAAUGGAAGUGUUGUUGCCAAAAGUAAAAUGUCGAAAUAGUAACAAAAAUAGUGUAUAAAAUUUGGAAAGUUAUUUUCGCCAGACCAUUAAAAGUGCUUGAUUAUAAAAUCCAUUCAGUAUAAUUGUAAUCAUUGAAGAUAUAUUCUGACCAGAGACUUACAGUUGCUUGGUUUUUAUGCCUUUACAUAUCAUGAAGUCUCAUAUAUCAUAAAGUCUCAUACUUGUUAAAUGCCUAUCUUUUGCAACUUCAUGUUUUAAAAUGAAUAUAUAUUUUUCUGGAAAUAUGAUCUAGUCAUAAUGAUGUAAGUGCUAUAUUUGUUUCCACUGAUUCAUGUAUAGUGUAACUGAUAGCUGAAACCAUCUCUUAGUUUAUAUUACAAAGUAUGUAUAGUAUAGCCAUUGUUUUAGAACAUAAUAUAAGGAUUUUAUAAGCUUGUCUGGGUUUUAUUUCAAAGAAAAAAAUCGAGGUAUCGUCGUGGCUUUGGAGUUGUUUUCAUUAUAGUGCAAAAAUUUAACUGUGGCCAUAACUAAAAAAUAUUCAAGAUUCCAAGCCUUUAAAGAUACA